AUGCUUUCUUUGUUCUUCCUAGUUUUCACAUUUUCUGCUUCUGUUUCUGCUUUUAACAUGCCAAGGCUUGGAACCCAAAGAAGAACAACGCAGCAUGAACCCCAAACCAAAUCUUCAACAUCCAAUCUUGAAGAUCUUAAAACCUACUAUUACACCCAAACACUAGAUCACUUCAACUAUAGGCCUGAUAGCUACACUACUUUCAAACAAAGAUAUGUGAUCAACUCUAAGUAUUGGGGUGGAGCAAAUGCAAGUGCACCAAUAUUUGCGUAUCUUGGCGCAGAAGAAUCCUUGGAUGACGAUUUGCCCAUCAUUGGAUUUCUCAGUGAUAAUGCCCCCAGGUUUAAGGCUCUCCAAGUAUACAUAGAGCAUCGGUACUAUGGGAAAUCAGUACCAUUUGGGUCAAUGAAAGCGGCUAUGAAAAAUGAAAGCACUCGUGGUUAUUUCAACUCAGUUCAGGCUAUAGCCGAUUAUGCUGCUGUGCUCUUACACGUAAAGAAAAAGUUAUCUGCAGAAAAUUCUCCGGUAAUUGUUAUUGGAGGUUCCUAUGGGGGAAUGCUUGCAUCAUGGUUUCGGCUAAAGUAUCCGCAUAUUGCCCUUGGAGCUGUAGCUUCUUCAGCUCCAAUCCUGUACUUCGACACCAUCGCACCACAAGCUGGAUACUACUCUGUAGUAACCAAGGAUUUUAAAGAAACUAGUGAAAGUUGCUACGAAACCAUACGGAAAUCAUGGGCGGAAAUUGAUAGGGUUGCUUCAAAUCCUCAUGGUCUUGAAGCCCUUAGCAAGAGAUUCAAUACUUGCAAUCGGUUAAAUAGAUCUUUUGAUCUCAAGGACUAUUUGGACUCGAUAUACUCUGAUGCAGCUCAAUAUAAUCACCCUCCAACAUAUCCACUUAGCGUUCUGUGCAGUGCCAUAGAUGGAGCUUCUGUAGGAACCGAUACUCUUGGCCGAAUAUAUGCGGGUGUAGUUGCUUAUAUGGGAAACCAUACAUGCUAUGACAUGAAUGAAUUCAAUCGUCCAACUAAAACCCUUGAUGGGUGGAGCUGGCAGACAUGUAGUGAGAUGGUUAUGCCCAUUGGCCAUGGUAGCAAGGACUCAAUGUUCCCACCAGCACCUUUCAAUCUAAACAAAUUCAUCAAUGAAUGCAAGAGCUUGUAUGGUGUCAUGCCUCAGCCUCACUGGGUGACUACUUACUACGGUGGUCAAGAUUUGAAACUCACACUCCAUAGGUUUGGUAGCAAUAUUAUAUUCUCCAACGGACUAAGAGAUCCUUAUAGUAGUGGCGGGUAA